AUGACGGAACUCCCCGUCUGCGUCUUUGUCUCGGGUCACGACACCUUGAGUAGCGUCGCUAAGCGGCUGCCGGAGCAAUUCAUUGAGGACUCGAAAUACGAAGCGGUGGGAAUGAGGGAGAUUAUCACAGGCGCUACAGACUGGGACUGGGAAGGGGUAGAAGGGGAGAAGGAAAGGGAUUUUGGGUGGAGGACUGCUUAUCAGCAGGAAAAUGAAACCGGCAGUAGUAGUCAUGAGGAGAAAGGGGAUGGGGUUGGGUUAUUCGAGAAGGGGGGAGUAGGGUUCCAUGAGAGGGAGACGCCGGCUAGAGAGAGACCAGAGGUAUAUGCUACGCCAGACAGAAAGAGUGGGAUGUUGGUUUUGGAGUUUGAGGGUAGUAAGGAGUGGGCGAGGGGGAUGGGUAUUGGAAAAGAAGGAGUGAGGAGGUUUUUGGAGGUUUUGGGAUGUGUUUUGGGUGGUGAUUUGGGUCCUCACGUGAGGUAAGUAGUGAAGUAGGCUGGAUGGAGAAAAGUGUAUAUCGGGUCAAAAUUGUCUUUUGGUUUUUUGCAAAAAACAUUUUGUUGGUUUCUUUUGUUACUUCCUGACUAGCUUUCUUGCUUUGAUUUUGUUUUGGUAGAAAGCAGGCGCGGGGCUUGACAAUGGUCCAGAUGCGAGUAUCGCCUAAACAAGAGG